CAGGGUUCUUCCAUUCAUCUACGAACAAAGUCACUCGUAGGUCCGUGAUGUCGGAGGGCGAUCAGACGAUGGAAAAAGCCACAUCAAAUCAGGCUCUUCCUCCGAGAAACUCUUUCACCACAAAUCCUUCCUGGCUUCUUCCAGCCCUAGUUGAUGUUGAUGAAAGAAUGAAAAAGUUGCUGACAGCAAGCGCUUCUGAAGAAGAUAAAGCUGGUGAAACUUUUGCUGAAAGAGCUGAGUGGUAUUAUCAGAAACGCCCUCAGCUUUUGUCUCUUCUCAAAGAUUUGUACAAUGGCUACAUUAUCUUGCUCAACGCAAAACUCAAACACCCACCUCGAAAAAGCACUUCUGAAUUCAGCACUUUGGAUGAAGAAGAUCAGUAUGAAUCAGACAUAGAGAGCACCAUUUCUUACCAACAACCAGCAGCGCAAAGCUGGACUAACAUUGACAACAUUGUGGCCGAGCUUGUAGUGAAGAAUGUUGAGAAUGAAAUGCUGCAAAACCAAGUGAAUGAAAUGGAGCAAGUGGGAAAUGAAUCAGAGAGGAAGAUAGAGUUGUUGAAGAAGCUGCUUGAGUUGCUGGAAUCUGAGAGGGCUAUUUUGAUGAAUGAGAAUGUGAAUUUGGAGUACAGAGUUGGUUCUUUGGAGGAAGAGAACAAAAGCUUGGCUGCAGAGGCGAUGUUCAUGAAGAGAAAAGCCGGUGAGCUCGCUCGGGUUGUGCUGAGAAUGAGGGAGGAUCAUAGGGUUUGUAUUUUGAGUCAAAAGAUUGAGGAUCUUCAGGAGCAAAUUUAUGGGUUGGAGAAGAGGAACAAGGAGUAUUAUAAAAUGCUGGUGAAGAGUGAGCAUCAGCAGCAACAACAAGAAGGGAUGGUGAUGAGCAGAAGCAAAAGCGGCAAGGUGAAGAGUCAUGAAGUGGUGACUUUGAAAGGGUGUUUUCAGUCUGGUGGUGAGAAGCUCAAGUUGAAGAAGUCAAAAAGUGCUUUGUGGACAAGUGAUUGUGUGAAGGAGGAUGGUAAAAAGAAGGGGUCAAAGUGGUGGGGAAAAGUGAAAAAUGUGGACUUGUUCAGUUGUGGCCUCAAUCCUAGUUGUACUUGAAUUGCUGCUGCUGCUCCAAAGUUUCUCCAACUAGACCUUUUAGGCUAUAAAUAAUAUAUGUUAUAUAUGAAGAUUUUAUCUUGUCUUGUAAUUUCAACUCUAUUA